CACAUGAAGAGACUAGUUAGCAGGUUAUAAGCAGGUUAGGUGAGCCCUUCCAGGGUGGCGGCGCUUCCAGGUUUGUCAGAUUCUCGGCACGUCCGAAAGAAGAGUAGCUAUCUGAAAUGGUAAGUCCCUACAUUACAGUAAUGUUCUGUACUGAUCAUAUUUCGUUUGUGAUAAAUGAACACAAUGGUAUAACGUCAUCCAUGAAAUCUUUUUGGUUUGAUCUGCUUCGGUAACUGGAUAUCAGCAAGUAAAUCUGAAAAUGGGUGUGAGAGGGAGGAAUCUACAUAAGGAGUUAAUGAGUGAUUGGCAGUCUGUCUGGUGUGCAGGCGAAUGAAAGAAUGAGGAAAUGGGGCUUGUCAAAGCUUUUUUUCCCCCCUUCCUGUCAGUGUUGCGCUGACAGGAGCUGGCUGACAGAUGUCUGUUGUCUGCACUGAUAUGUAGGAUACAAGAGCAGAGGAGAGACUGCCCAGGGACUGCAUCUGAACGCUUCAAACAAGAGUUCACUGACAGAAGGAGUGAAUUAUUAUCUGUACAGGUACCACAAUCAUGGCACCAAUUGGCACAGAUCUAGUAGGCUGGGCGGUCACCGAGCAGCCAGAGGCUGCAUUCCUCUCCAUAGCCGUCCUCUUCAUUGUUAGCAUCGCACUCCUCGUUCUCUGCGCGAGCUGUAAAAAACAUUCAUUUGAGUUAGGUGGCAGCAGCAGUCCACCUGAGCAGCAGAAAGCAUCCACACUUGUGAGCGUGGCAAAAAUGGAUGAUUCAAAAGGUGCCAGACAAAACCCUGCUACUAAUGACAUCACAGAAGAUGAAAUCGGUUUAGAGGCUGUGGAGGGUGGCGUUGUGUAUAAACCCUGGAGAAGUCACACUCUCACACACGGUUCAAGCCUACCAACUCAAAUAAAUGGUGGGGUUGGGACAUCGACUGAGGGUUCGGUAACACUUCAAGCUAUCUGAGAGUAUGACAAAAAUGGAGUCGGUGCCAUAGGCGAAACACCACCAACUUUAAAUGGUGGAAACCAACCCUCAGAGAGCCUCCACCAUCUUUAUUAUGAACCCGAAAUGCUCAAACUAAACAAACCCCUUCACUAUUUGGAGAUAAAUGGUUUCUGUAUCGUUCUGAAGCCAGGCUGAGAUCCUGCUUUGUGGCAUUGACUCCUGUAAGUGCUCAUCAAACUUUGAGAGUAUAGGAGCCCCCCGAUCGGUCCCUCAGCAUUGACUGGACUGAUUCAAAGCUGAAUCCUUAUGCAAUGGUUCAGACAAGAAUGGUCAAUGUCCCUCAGGAGAGGGGGAGCCUGAUCUUCUGGCCAUACCUGUUUUAACAACAAAUAGGGAUCUCUAUUCAGGGGGACACAGAUUAAAAUCAGGUGUCAUCUCCAUCUGAAGAGGAGAGGGGAAGUGUCGGCAUCACUACCAAAGAGACCUAAACAAAAAUGAAGAUUUUACUUUUAUCUUUUUCUUAUGAAGUCCAGUAUUGUGAAAUUAUUCCGUAUUCAUAUUCAUUCUUAGUAGGGGUGCAAUAUAGACUUCAUCUCUCAGAUCAACUGUUCUGUAGACUGUAUAUGUUUAACUUUAUGGAUUUAAAUAGCAGCAUACUAAUGAAUACUUUAAGGUUUUGAACAAAUGUAUUAUACCUGUGGGCAUGAAUGAUGUAAUUAAAGUAAUAGAUGCUUUAGAAUUAACCCUCUUGUUCGGGUGAGAUUGACUUUAUUCUUUUAUUUAGGGAAAUAUUUUGCUCCAUAGUAUUGGGGCUUUUUUUUUUUUUUUACUUUUAUGAAGGCAUUUAGAGGCUGAAAUUCUUGCAUAAUCUUUGAAAUAAUUAGAUCUGAAAUAUUUUUCUUUAAAAAUAAAAAGCAGUAUUUUUUUGAUACUGGUAAGUCUGAGUAGUGUAAACAACAUGCAUCAAACAAUUUUACUGACUUGUGCCUGAUUUUUGUAAAAAAUGUCCUUGAAAAAUAUAGAAUAUGUCAAACAUUUUUAGACAUUUAAAAAGAACAUCUAUGAAGCCAACAUGCAUUUCUAUGAACUUUGUCUACGCGCAUGGUUUUAAACAAUUUAGUUUUGUAAUUUCUGACAUCCUUUUUUGUCAUUGAUCCUUAUAUUAAAUAGAAACUAUGUUGAACUCCUAACUAGAUCUAAAGCAAAAUAAUACGUAAUAUAUCAAAUAUUAGAUGGCAUAUAAAAGGAGGCAUUCACUACAGGGGCGUUUACCACAGAAUCUUACAUUGUGACAAUACGUUACAUAUAUUAAUGUUUUAUGCCUGGGGUUUCUGUCUCACCAAACAUUAUUGAGGGUGUUUUGAUUCAUAUUCAAGUGGCCAUUUUGUUUUUAACCAGUUCUUUAAAAAUUAGGGAAAUUUCUUGAAUCAACCUGGUACGUAAAUGCUAAGCAUGGUUUGGAUUCAUUGGUGUUACAAUAUCUUAAAUUUGCAUGCCUUACCUAAUAAAUUCUUAACGUAU